GAGACCCACCAAAAUAAACGAAGAAGAAUCGGCAUAGAGAAAGAGGUGCUGACUCGACCUCAUUUUAAGGAGCUGUUUUCUGCAAUGGACGGACUUGAAGCUGUUACAGUGGAGCAUUAUAAGGCAGGCAUGGUGCUCAGUGGUGCCGGUGAUGCUCUGGGCUACAGGGGCGGGACCUGGGAGUUUAAUUAUGUUGGACCAGACAUCCACCAGGAGCUGCAGAAGCUUGGUGGGUUGAAAAAAAUCACUGUCCGGCUUCCUGAAUGGCCGGUGAGCGACGACACAGUUCUGCAUCUUGCAACAGCUGAAGCUCUGAUAACAGGAAAGACCGAGGAGAAACUUCUGGAUGAAGUGGCGUUUUGUUAUGUGAAGGGGAUGAAAGACAUGACUGGAAGGGCUCCUGGAAAUACAACCGCUUCUAAUGUUGACAGACUGAAGCCUGGACAGAAAGGGGGCCACAGAGUGCCGUAUAACAGCCGGGGUGCCGGCUGUGGAGCGGCCAUGAGGGCCAUGUGCAUCGGCCUGCGGUAUCCAAACCCUGACCAGCUGCCUUCUCUGGUGUUUGUUGCCGUGGAGACGGGCAGGAUGACUCACCAUCACCCAAUCGGUUUCCUGGGAUCCGUUGCGUCGGCGCUUUUCGCCUCCUACGCCAUCCAGCGGCGGCCGCUUGAAUCCUGGGGUCUGGGUCUGCUGGAAGAGGCCUGUCCCAUAGCCUUGAAGGUUAUUAUAGACAGCGGCUUCUCUGUGGAGGAGAAUCUGAAGGAUUGGGACUCCUUCUCUAAGCACUGGAAGCGAUACCUGGAUCUGCGGGGAAUCUCUGACGGAAAGGGGCCGGUGACCUGGCCUGACCCCUACGGUGUGGCUGAGAGGGAUGAGGCCUAUAAGAGCUUCAGUCUGUCUGGCUGGGGGGGAUCCUGUGGCCACGAUGCUCCCAUGAUAGCGCUGGAUGCCUUACUGGGCGCCGGUUCAGACUGGGAGGAGCUGAUGAACAGAGCUGCUUUCCAUGGAGGUGACAACGACAGCACAGCGGUGAUCGCCUGCUGCUGCUGGGGCCUUCUCUACGGCACCAAAGGGGUUCCUGAAUGCAACUACUCCAAACUGGAGUACCGGGAUCGUCUGGAGCGCUGUGCUGAGAAGCUUUACACUUUAUCUCACUAAAAACACAUGUUUCUAUUCUAUCUCUAUUUUCGGUGCUUUAAAUCAGUGCUGAAGUGGUAGAUACCUGAAGUCUAUAAAAAAUAUAUGCAAUAUAAAAAUGGUAAAUGCUCUGAUUGUAUGGGGAUGAUUAGGUAUAGGUUAUGUAAUCACUUAAUCUGUGAUCAGCUCAGUCAGAAUCUCCUCAGCAUUAACGUCUCUCUCCACCAGAGGGCGCUGAGCUGUGAUGGGAAAUGGAAAAAACAGAUUAAAGACUUUAAGAAAUGCUUACUUGGACGUUGAUGGUGCCAUUUUAGAGACUGUCGUAAUGUUUUCACUCCUCGCUGUCCUGAGAAACCGAGGAAGAGAAUUGCAGCAUGAAUGUUGGAAAUAUGGUUUAAAAAUGUUACAUUUUAUUUAUGUUUUGCCUCAUGAUGGUUAAAUUCAAUUUAAAGAGAGUUUGGGGCGUAUAAAGUGAAUUAUCCAGUGUGGGGGGAUUAGCUUGGAGACCUAGUAAACCGGGACCCUUGAAAGUUCAGUCUGCUUGUAAUGAACCAUCGUCAGGAUGUGACUGAUUGUGUUUAAAAACGAACUAUAAACACUUAAAUUCUAGCAGCUUGCACAAAGACCAGACAUACUUAACCUGCACUGUAUAUUUUAGUUUAAAAAUGCUUUCAAAUAAGUAAUUCACCUAAAAAUAUAUUUUUUAAUAUUUUGAUUUGUUCUACAUAAUUUUGUUGGCUUUUUCAGCUCUACGAUAUAUUAACAAUUGAAAGUUUAUUCCUAACUAAUUAAGAUUAGUUGUAUAAUUUAUAGCUAAAAUCUACCUUAGAAAUGAAAUCUAUGGAAAUGACCUGAAUAUUAACAUCAUUUUUAAAAUAAUUUCACUCUGCUGCUAUCACCUUUUUCACAUGUUGUUGCUGCUUUCUGCUCUUGUCGUUUUAAUGAUACUGCUGAUUUUUUUGAUACCGACUUUAUUUUUUUUACGGCGCUGAGAGACGCCCAUGACUUUUAGACCAACACUUGUGCAUUCACUCUAACACUGUAUCUGGGGUAAAAUUAUCUUCAUUUGCCUUGAUAUAAACUCAGAAACAGCUGGGAAUGAAUCAUAAAGAACCUUGUUAUCCUGUAUUAAAUCAACUGUUUUACUGCAUCGACCAAAUGGCUGCAAAAAUAUCCUUGUCGGAUUGACAAGGAUAUUUUUACCAUUGGCAAAAUUGGCAGCCAUUUCAGAAUGGCUGCCAUGUUGGCUCUGAGGGAUGAAAGAUGGGAAUGUGUAAAAGCUACACGAAUGCCUGUGGAGUGCUGACAGGAUGGAAGAAGCCACUUUUGUGAUUUUUGUUCUAUGCAAAUAAACUAAAGUCAACUCCCUUA